AUGUUCAACACCACCAACACCUCAAAAGAAGGAGCAGAAGAGGCUAGUUUCUUUUCGCUCACCAGGAACGGAUUGCAGUACCCGGACUCACCUUCGUCCGACAUCUCGUCCCCCAUGAUGACCCCUCUCCCCUUCAAGAUGAUGAUGCCGAUGCCUCAACAACCUAUUAUGCACUUGUUGACACCGGCUACACCUCCUGUUGUUGUGGAAAAGGAUGAUAGGAAGAAGUUGAGGGAGUAUGAGUUCCCUGCUGCUGCUGUUGCUAUUAAGGUCGAGGCGCCAGCGUAUCAGGCUUAUCAGAACCACCCUUUUACGCAGCUGGGACAGCAGAGGCAACAACCGCAAUCACAGCAGCAGCAAUUGCCUACCCCGCCGACAGCCAAAGCGACUCCUGUAUUGUCGUAUUCAUCAAAGUACGCCAAUUUCACCAACAACAGCAACACUACGAUUACCACGUCUACUACUACCCCGCAGACAGUGGUCCGUGUCAGCCCUCGCCCAACCCAUUCCAACAAAAACAACAACUCGCGCAAGCCCUCGACAACUAUGGCGCUCUCGAUAAUCGAGAAGGAAAAGACGGCGUACCAGUACCCAACUCAUAGGGCCAGCAUGGUUUCGCCUCCACCACCCCCUUACAUCUCUUCUUCUUGUUCACCAUCAUCGUCGGAUCACGGGGCUGGAGUAAGAACAGGACUAACAACAACAAUAACAUCACAAUCGGCAACCUCAGCAGUCAUUGCUAUUUCCCCUCCCCUCCAGCAGGUCCCUGAACAACAACAUCUUGCCUAUGAUCCUACUAUCACCACCGCCACCCCAGCAUCUCUCGCCGCUUCUCACACCGGAAAGACCAAGCGACACUCCUUACCCGUGGCCCUCGCGCGCUCGGCGUCUUCCUCUUCUGCAACUUCCUUGUCCUCCCCUGCGAUUAUUGUUGCGGGCAGUGGCGUCAUGAUGUCUGACAUGGUGUCCACAACUGUUACACCCAGAGUGUUCUCUCCAAAGGCGUCUCGAGACAUGAAGCGACACUCUCUCGCAGUCACCCCCUCUUCCAUGUCGUCGUCUACCUCGCCUUCAAACAACAGCAGGCCGCUGUCACGACCCAGCAGCAAGUCAGCUGCUGGCGUUGGCCUUGGCCACAGGGGUAUCUCCAACAUGCCUCCACAGGCGAUUCCCAUCUUUGGGUCGACGGGCUCUGCUGCAGAUAUGAUGAGGACCCCUCCUAUGGUAUUUAACCCUCGGUCGUCUUUCUCGUCCUCGUCGUCGCCCGCGACGCGUCUAAUGGAAAGAACUGGUACCGAUACCGAAAGGGAUCUGUCGGCUCUUAUCGGCCCUGAACACGACCACAAAAACAUCCUCAUGUCUCUCUCCCACACCAACAUCACCACCCAUAACAACAGCCACAACAGCACAUCAUCCACUUUGUCAUCCCCGCCCCGAAUGCAAGGCCUACUCCGGAUCGCAAGUUUGCAGCGAGCCACCGCAGCAGCGUCAGCUGCUGAGCGGAACCUGAUCCUGAGCACUAGUCGCAUCGGUGGAGGCAUGGGUCCUCUUGAGAGGACUGAGUUCCCAGGGUUCUGGGAGGAUGCCAAGCAGCACAAUAUGCAUUGGACGGUGUACACGAUUGGACUGGCUGCGGUUGUGUCACUUGUGUGGGUGUUGAUGUUGCCUGCCUUGAUGAUGUUUGUUCCUAUUCUGCCGGGCGCUGUUAUGUUGCUCUUGGGCGUCCAAUACUCUGUGUACAGAUGGAGACAGAGAAAGUACAACAUCCAACAACUCAAGGAUCGCCGCCCCUCACCCGCCGCCCUCAGUUCCAUGCGCGCCGCCUCUGCCGCCCUAACCCAUUCGCGGUCCUCAUCAGUCGUUGCCACCGCACCCUCUAGUCCGCAGUUCCAUGCUUUCUCGCCAAACCACCAUCACCUCCGAGGAGUGAGCAUCGGAAGUGGUGUGGGCGCUGCUGCGGGGUUAGGGCAGGGGCAUGCGUAUAAGUCUUCGUUGUCGUCGAUGCAUACCUCGGUCGAGUCUAUUAUUACGGGCGAUUCGUUCCUGGAACCGCAUCAGCCGAGCUCAUCGACUUCGACUUCUUCGUCGCCCCCAAGUCAUUUGAGGUCCCAAUUCCAGCACCAGUACUACCGUCAACCGGGGAUGGGCAGUGUGACGGGUUUCUCCGCAACGGGUUCGCCACCCCGGUUCUCGGAGGCCUAUGGUGGAGACAUCAACACACCUUCACCUCCGGCCAUGUCGUCAAGUCGACCAACCAGCAGCCAUUAUCAGACACCCUCGCCCGAGUACCGUCGUUCAUGGUUCAGUGGUUUCCGGACCCCUAUUAACAGCAGCGAUACUAAGAAUAAUAACAGUAACAGUGGUCGAUGGGGAAGCACGAUCCAACGCCGUGAAUCCACUUCCUCGAUCGCGUCCUCUGAGACUGUAUCCUCGUCAUCCACAGAAUCUGCGUGUGACUCCAGGAAGGGAUCCCCCACAACUGCCCGCGCCGCGACUACUCCAGGCAUGGCCAUCGCUGAGUCUCCAACCUCAGAUACAGGAUCCUUCUCCUCCAUCCCCAUGACAUCCCCGCAACAACCCUCUCGCGCCGGUGGCGAGAAAAAGUAUUCGAGCGGGGAUCUGUCAACAAUUAUGGUGAUGGCCCCUCCACCACCGGCGUACGUUUCCCGGCGGUGCGAGGAUACUCAGAUGUCGGAGGAGGAUAUGGCCAAGGUUAUGAUGGGCGCCAACAAGAAGGUUUUGCAUCUGUUGCAACAGGGUGGUAUUGAGGAGAAGGUGGUGGUAGUGUUGCCGGAGAUUGCACCGUUGGGCGACUUGAUGUCUGACUUUGCGCUUGAUUUUGGGGCAAUACGAUAUUAA